AAGGAUUAUUCGCGAUUUAAAAAGUAUUGCAAUGUGUUUGUUUGCUCAAGACAUGUGUAACUGAGUCGCAGAUAAUAUAUUGGUUUUGCCGAUCGUCUAUUAUCAGUGUUUGAAGUAUUGUGGAAAUUGACAUUUGAGAUGGCGGAAAUGGACAAAGGAACUUCCGGUAAGGCAAAUAAGACAAGUAAACAAAAAGGAAGAAGUAAGAAAUCAACUUCUAAGCAGGCUACGGACAAUACAGGUAUGGACAAUGAAUUGACUUGCUCUAAAUGUGAAGCAGUUUUUGUAGAUAUUGAUGACAAACUUUUGGAGUGCGAGAGAUGCGACAAGUGGUUUUGUAUACAGUGUGCGGGCAUGGAGCCUAGCGUGUAUUCCGUUAUGGUAGCAAAUAAGAAUUUACAUUGGUUCUGUCAUGAGUGUGAAAAGCCAGCAUUAACAGCGGUUAAGAGUGACAAAGAGAUCGAGGAGAAAUGUGCAGCGUACAUGAGCAGCUUAACCGCAAAAAUUGACUGUAUUGAAGAGAAAGUCGAAGGGAAGGCAGAUAAAAGUGUCGUCAAAAAUUUACAGGAACGGGUAGUGCAACUGGAAAAGAAAGGAACGGACAAUACUAGUGCUAUACAGCAAAAUUCAGUGAGUGAGACAAUCUAUGAACAGAGAGAAAGAGAAUUUCGUGCGCGAAACCUAGUUAUCCAGAACCUUCCAGAGUCUAGUGCAGAGGAACCUGAAGAGAGAAAUAAAGAGGAUAUGGGAUCAGUGGGUGAAUUGUUAAAGAUUAUUGGCAUAACAGAAGAGGCAGUUGUGGAGAAGUGUAUGAGAAUUGGUAAGAAAGAGGAUGAUAAGACUCGUAUAACAAAGAUUAUUGUGAACAGUGUAGAAACAAAGAAGGCCAUUCUAAAAGAUGCCAAACGUUUGAAAAAUGAGACCAUAUACAAAGAAGUCUUCAUUGGACCCGACCUCACAAAGAUGGAAAGGGAAGAACAAUUCAACUUAAGGAAGGAACUGCGUGACAGGAAAGGAAAUGGAGAGAAGGAUAUUUUUAUCAGGGGAGGCAAAAUUGUCCAGGCCAAAGACAAGGCACUGCGCUUCAAGGGUGGGGCGUCAGGAUCAGCAGGUGAGCGAUAAACGUAAGAAUGCAUCCAGUGUAAAUAGUUUUAAACGAAAAGGACUUAAGUUUUUAACAAGCAAUGUGGAUGUUAUCACAACAAAGAUGCCAGACAUAGAGAGAUAUGUUGAUGAGCACGAACCAGACAUUAUAACUUUGACAGAAG